AUGAAUGAGAUGGACCGCGUACCUGUGAGCAGCCGCGGUCCGUGCACCCCGCAGGACCCACAAAGACGGCGGCUGUGCCGGGAGGAGGAGCGAGCAACGCCCAUCGCGCUGGAUCUCGUGUCGUCGGCGACAUUGGGCGGACUCGGCGGCGCUCAUGCCUGUACCUGCACUGUCUCCUCACCAAGCCGCGAAGACACCAGUAGCUCAAACAUUUUGCUGCACACGCUAACGCACCCUACCCGCGCUACGGUUCAGUGGCGACGUGGGCGACAGCCAAACCACCUCCAAGCGCCGCCGCGCCUGGCACCGCUGACGGAAUCCCCGAUCGUAGUGCGAGGGUUUGGCCCACCACCCAUUACCCCAGCUCCCCUGGCGCUCGCUGAGUCAUCUGAGCACGCUCUUCGCGCGCGCCGACUCACGUUCACCGCCGGUGCUCCUGGUCGGACGUGCGUGUGCUCAGCGCGCUCUGCACUUCCUCUUCUGCCCUUUUCCACUGUUGUCACGGCAGCUGAGCGGGUUACGCCGGUGCCUGUUUGGCGGCGUAGCAAGCCGCUCACCCGGCUGCCCGCCACCACGCUGGGACCGUCACUAAGCGGCAACAGUGGGAGUCCCGACGUCGUCGUCGUCGCUUUCUCCAAUGCUAACGUGCCAAAAGGGGAGACAGUAGAGUGGAGGAACGCAGAGGCGUCGCUGCAGCCCAACGUCGCGGAGCCUACCCCAGUCGCCGGAUCAGCCGUGUGCCAUGUCGGCUACCACGCCGUCGCUACGCAGACGGAGUGCGUUGGCAGUUCCCUCGCUGUGAAGGCCGCUACAGAGAGCAGCCAGAUGACCUUGCCCGAUGCUCUAGUUCCUCUUGUGGAGCCUCCACAAGGGGUAUCUGCGCAACCGAAAACGGAGAUGGAUCAGCUGGUGAGCGCGCCCGUGUGCGAUGGGGAGGUACGCAACAGUCGCGAGGAGAGUGGUUUGGAUGUCCAUACGUCGUCAUCAUCGACGCUGUCUUCCCCGGGGCAUCUCGGCGACCACAAUGUUCAUAGUAGUGUAGACGGCGUGCUGUGGGCGCAUGAGGCGCCUGAGCAGCCGGCAUACGCGCACCAGCACGAACUUCCUGCCAUCUUCUCGCAGCUAGUGCAGGAUUUGUUGGUGGCGGAGCCAAGGGCUGACGUCGAAGGUGACGACGACCCGCUGGCGCAAUGGGUACAAUCGUGGUUCGAAAAUCGAUGCAUGGCGCAACCGCUGCAGCAGUCGCGGAGUAACUCCGGGAAACACCUUCGUGCGCUUGAAGAGGCCGCUGCCGAAGCUAUCACGCAUGGAGCCUACAUCCACGGCGCAAGAAGCUCCGACUACGUCGAACCGCGAGAGAAGCCGGCGGUAGACAAGGAUAUAGGCGAUGCUACGCAAGCCGGGUCUGCUGCGCAUCCCGCUGCCGCUCCUUCCCCCGCCACCGGUGCUUCUGCUGCUGUUACGAGGACGACGAAGCCUGCGUCCGCAUCGUUGUUCCCAUUGUCGACAGCUGCUUCGCCGCCGCACCAGUAUGUGCCGCUGACGGUUGAGUACAUCGGCAGUGCACUGCAAAGUCGUAUGACCAGUGGCGCAUCGCAGCGCGCCACCUCGCCGCGCAAGCCGCCGCAGACACAGCCUCUUCCCGUAUCGCCACGCACCCUCCACUCCGCUGGAUCUAGCAGCACCCCACGUCCGCCGCCACAUAGUGCUGCAGACGGCGGCGGUGGCGUUCUCGCAGCUGUAGUCGGGCUUUCACCACCACUACCACAGCAGCAGCAGCAACAACAGCCGCAGCCGCAGCCGCAGCCGGCGAAGCCGCUGUCUGGCGGCCCCCAUUUGCCAGCCCCGCAGUCGACGCGCUCCAUGUCGUCGAAGCAGACCGUCGUCGCUGCAGCAGCUCUUGCCGGUGGCAGUGAAGGUGAGAAGGGCUCCAGCGGCGCACGACCGAGGCUGGCGACGACGGCGUGCGCGGUGUUCGCCCAUUCCUCCUCAUCCUCGGCACCAAAGGAAGCGGCACACCCGCAUGAGUGA